GUUCGCCCUGGCACUCAACCUGGACAAAAAGUUGUACUGAAAAAGAAAGGGAUAAAAGCAAGGAAUUCAU